UAGUGUGUGAUCCUGCUCCUCCGCAGAAGAAGCCGCUCUUCUCCUCUCCGCUCAUUGGUGGCGCGUGCUCUGCUGUGUCUGUCAGAGUUGGCGCGAACGUGCACGCCGGCGCGAGACAAAGAGCAUCCUGCACUCCCGAGGAAACCACCGGUAUCCUGUUAUCGGUCAGGUUUACGAGUGAUAGCUGUCUGUCGAGGCGUUAUGGCUGAUAAAGAAGCUGCAUUUGAUGAUGCGGUGGAGGAGAGGGUGAUAAAUGAAGAAUAUAAAAUAUGGAAGAAAAACACUCCGUUUCUUUACGAUCUGGUGAUGACCCACGCGCUGGAGUGGCCCAGUCUUACUGCUCAGUGGUUGCCAGAUGUCACCAGACCUGAAGGGAAGGAUUUUAGCGUACACCGUCUGGUUCUCGGCACACAUACCUCUGAUGAGCAGAAUCACCUGGUUAUUGCCAGUGUCCAGCUGCCCAAUGAUGAUGCCCAGUUUGAUGCCUCACAUUAUGACAGUGAAAAAGGAGAGUUUGGUGGUUUUGGCUCAGUAAGUGGCAAGAUAGAGAUUGAGAUCAAGAUUAAUCAUGAGGGAGAAGUGAACAGGGCUCGCUACAUGCCACAGAACCCCUGCAUCAUUGCCACCAAGACCCCCACUAGUGAUGUGCUGGUCUUUGACUACACCAAACACCCCUCCAAACCUGACCCCUCUGGAGAGUGUACUCCUGACCUGCGUCUGAGGGGACAUCAGAAAGAAGGAUAUGGUCUGUCCUGGAACCCCAACCUGAGUGGCUGCCUACUGAGUGCAUCUGAUGAUCACACCAUCUGUCUGUGGGACAUCAGCACAGUGCCAAAGGAGGGAAAAAUAGUGGACGCUAAGACUAUUUUCACUGGUCACACGGCUGUAGUGGAGGAUGUGUCUUGGCACCUGCUGCAUGAGUCUCUCUUUGGGUCUGUUGCAGAUGACCAGAAGCUUAUGAUCUGGGACACACGCUCCAAUAACACAUCCAAACCCAGUCAUGCAGUAGAUGCCCACACUGCAGAGGUCAACUGUUUGUCCUUCAACCCCUACAGCGAGUUCAUUCUGGCCACCGGUUCUGCUGACAAAACUGUUGCAUUGUGGGAUCUGCGAAACCUGAAGCUGAAACUUCACUCAUUUGAAUCGCACAAAGAUGAAAUCUUUCAGGUUCAGUGGUCACCCCAUAAUGAGACCAUCCUGGCCUCCAGUGGAACAGACAGGCGACUCAAUGUUUGGGACCUCAGUAAAAUCGGUGAGGAACAGUCACCAGAAGAUGCAGAGGAUGGACCUCCAGAGUUACUGUUCAUACAUGGAGGCCAUACAGCCAAGAUUUCUGACUUCUCCUGGAAUCCAAAUGAACCGUGGGUGAUUUGCUCUGUGUCUGAGGACAACAUCAUGCAAGUCUGGCAGAUGGCAGAGAACAUCUACAAUGAUGAGGACCCAGAGGGGGCAGCAGACACUGAGGUUCAGGGAUAAAACGGCUCUUUACACCACCCCACUCUCAGCAUAAGACAAAACUCUUCUAAAAACUGUCUGUCUACACACAAGUGAAGAACUUAAGUGCUCUCCCCUAAGUAAUGGAAAAGGAAUAAUUAACUAUUUCCCCACCAGGCAUUUUCUACUACUGUUAAUAGAGUAUUUUUCUAAGAAAUAUGUCAGUUGAUCAUUGGUCAAUAUCACAAUGAGACAAAUGAACCUUCUCAUCCCUUCCCACCAGUGUCUCAUGAAGAUUUCCUUGCAGUUUAAGUAUACUUAAAGUAUUACUUAAUCUCAGAAAAGUGUAUACAGGUGUGUACUGUAGUAUAUUGUGACCAGAGUGCAGUGGUACAAUGUUGAUGUUCAGUAGAUUUUUUUUUUUUUUUACUUGUCCUACAAAUGCAUUUUCCCAUUUAAGUAUCCAUUUAAUUACUGGCUAGAUGUAUUGAUAACUUAAGCUCUUGUGUACUCUUUUUACUUUGAGCUUCAUGUAUCAGUCAGGUGGUGUUUAAUGUCUUUUUAAUGUGACUUUUCAAUGUUUUUCUCCUGUAUGUCCAUACCGUUGUACAGAACAUUAUGAAUAAACUCUUUUUGUUGAUAAA